CAAUAACAACGAUCUUGAGACCGUACUCAGACUGCCUGCCUGUCAAACAUUCCACGAGUAAUCCGCCCUGCUGCUAUAGAACAGCAAUGUCUCGAUCUGCACCAGGUAGCUGGCUGCGUGGGACAGUCAUUCGGAAGGGAGGUGCCUCUACAAGCAGCAGCACUCGGACAAGUACACCGCAGAUCCAGAGUACCUCUAGCACGGUCUUCGGAGGGGGAGUGAAGGAUGCAUCUGGGAGGGUAUCGGAGUACUCAUCCAUGGACGAUACAUGUCCGGUAUGCAAGUCAGACAGGUACCUCAACCCGAAGCUGCGCCUCCUGGUCAGCGCGUGCUACCACAAAAUGUGUGAGUCUUGCAUUGACCGACUGUUCACGCUUGGGCCGGCGCCUUGUCCGAUCUGCAACAAGAUCCUGCGUAAACUUGCGUUCACGCCGCAGACCUUUGAAGACCUCGGCGUAGAGAAGGAGGUUGCUGUCAGAAGACGAAUGGCCAAAGAAUUCAACAAGCGUAGAGAAGACUUUACUGAUCUCCGCUCGUACAACGAUUAUUUGGAGGAAGUUGAGGACAUCACAUUCAAUCUGAUUCACAACAUUGACAUACCUGAAACCGAAGCACGGAUAGCCGCAUACCGCCAAGAGAACGCCGCGCUCAUCGAGCUCAACAUUCAACGGGAAGAGCAGUACCACAAGUACCUCAAGGAGCAAGAGGAUGCCGAGCGCCAGGAACGCGAGCAGCGGGCGUUCGAGCAGAAGCGGCUCGAGGACGAGGAGCGCGAAGAGCGCGAGAAGGAGCGGCGCGAGAUCAUCGACAAGCUCGAGACGAGCGACAAGGACGCCGCGAAGCUCAUCGCCCGCUCGCGCGCCGACGCCCUCCGUCGCUCCAAUGCACGACAGUCCUCGUCCGCCCUCGCGAACGCCCGCCUGCAGCGCUCGCGCACGGUGCAGAGCGUCGUCGCGGAUGUGCCGCACGUGCCGCUUCAGGAUGACUGGUACACGUACGAGGACAAGUUCGUCCUCAGGGACGACUACGAUGAUCCGGCGAGCGAGGCGGUGAGGCGCGACAGGGAUGGCAUCAUGAGGGCUGGUGGGUAUCGCGUCGAGGAGGCAUGGGAGCGUGCAUUGCGAUCAGCUGUAGCCGGUCUUGAGAUAAUGCCUCUGCAGGGUUUGUCGACACAGGAUACUGGGUCCUCCGGCGGGUAGGAUGUACUGAUGCGGCGCCGGGGCAGUCAUCGCUCCGUAUGAAUCAUUGAUGGACGCGAGCCUCACAAUGUAGCCAUAGGAUGUUCACUAGACUCACAGACUUUGAUCUGCCAUUUCACGUUAUCAAGCUGG